AUGAAACACCAUAAUCCGAUUACUGAGGCCACGACGAACAGCUACACACCGUCAUUGUGCGAUGCGCAAUUCUCUCGCUUGUCAGAUGCCGAGCGGUACAAGUAUGCUGUGUCUUGCGAUUGUAAGGCCCAGUCGGAGUCGGAUUUGGUCGUGAACUGCAAACCCGUGGCGACCGAGCGCAAGUCUGGCAACAUAACAAUGUCUGCACAUGACUUGGCGUGGCUGAGAAUACCCUCUGACACUUGUAAGGGCAUAUACGAUAACAACAAGAACGCGUCAAUGGUAGACGCCACGGCGGAUGGCUGGAAGACGUUGGACUGGUCCAGCUGUAUGUGGGGCGGCAAGGUGGUUUGCGUUGACGACCGCGGCGAGGACCUGAGUUGUCACUACUUCAAUCAUCCGUUCAAGCACGACUUCCCGAGGGUCUGGGAGGCGGUCAUCCGUCACCUGAAACCCGCCCGUUGUCUCCUCGCGGACCACGGAGACAUAAAGCCGAACUAUCUCUACCACUUAGCCCGUGGAAGGGCCGCCGCCGAGUGGCUAGGUUCCGACAUAUACGGCAUCGUCCAGCAACGUUUAUACAGUGCACUAGGAUUACCCUUUGGUUGGCAGCUUCCAGUCUUUCCGUGUUCCGGCGUUUACAACGCUUGUCAGUUACCCAAGGACGGCUGUCGAUGCAUCGAAGGUCGAUUCAGCGCCGAGGCGGUGGGCCCGUCGGAGGAGGACGUGAUCUGGGGCGACGUUACUGACUUCUUUACCACUGCUGCCGAAAUGAAACGGAACUACUCUUUAUUUCAAACACCAGGCUACUCCCCGAAGUCCUGCACAUAUGUAUGCCGCGACUACAAUAUUAGAUCGCUCGACGAAUACAGGAGCGUGUUAACAUCUUUUCAUCGCAGAACAACGAAUAAAAAGUGA